UCUUAUCAAUCAGCCACGUUACUGGAUAACAUUUCUGUCAAUCUCUCAACCCGGUUUCAAUCCAACACCAGAAUAGCGCAGGGUCAAGGAGGUUUUAAGGGAGAUACGAGAUAAGAGAGAUACAGCGAAUUUCCAGACUGAGACCGCCUGGUUUUGGAAUAAGAAAAAAAAACGCUACCCUCCUUUUGCACUCUGUGAUGCUAGGAGAGAGAGAAUCUCAGAAUGGCUGACUAUGUGAAGCUGGAUGAGGAGAAGUUUAUCCCAAAGUCAGACAUCUUGUCUCUGCUCAGGACCUACAACUGUUAUCAUGAGGGGAAGAGCUUCCAACUCAGACACAGAGAGGAGGAGCAAGCGCUGGUCGUCGAGGGGUUAUUGAAUAUCUACUGGGGUCUGCGGCGACCAAUCAGACUGCAGAUGCACGAUGACAACGAGAGACUCCACUACGGAGGAGUCAACAGGAAUGAGAGAUCCCAGGUUCUUGCGAAGCAGACAGAAUCAAACAACAACAUACUCGACAGAACUACUGACCCUGCCUUGACCAGUAGUCUAGAGGAGGACGACGAGGAGGUCCCCCAGCUGCUGCGGACCAGGAGUGAUGCCUCCUUCAUGGGGGUCACCAGAAGGUCAAAGACACACGCACACUCUGACUUGCAGCACCUACGCUCACACAGAUUCUCCAUCAAUGGACACUUCUAUAACCACAAGACAUCAGUAUUUACUCCAGCGUUCGGGUCGGUCACUAACGUCCGAGUCAACAGCUCCAUGACAACACUACAGGUCCUCAACCUGCUGCUACAAAAGUUCAGAGUGGAGAAUAAAGCAGAUGAGUUUGUUCUCUACAUGGUCCAUGAGUCUGGUGAGAGAACCCCAUUGAAGGACAGUGAGUAUCCUCUGGUGUACCGUGUGCUUCAUGGACCCUGUGAAAAGAUCUCCAAGAUCUUUAUUAUGGAGACGGAUCUAGGGGAGGAGGUCACACAUGACGUGGCGCAGUACAUUAAUUUUGAGAUGCCAGUCCUGGAUAGCUUUGUAGAGAAACUGAAAGAGGAAGAGGAGAGGGAGAUUUCUAAACUGACCAGAAAGUACAGCGCACUGAAGUCCAUGAUUCGACAGCAGCUGGAGGGCAUCACUGACACUACUGACCGAGUCUAAGUGUGUGUGCGCGCGUGCGUGUUCACAGGACCAUUACACUGUUACAGUGAGAGGAAGUCAAGCAGAUUGUUUGAGCACUGAGACCUUUCUUCUUGUACUACUACAGUUGAACCAUAGCAUGUAUAGCUUUUUCUAGUAAUGAAAACUACAGACAUGUUGGAAGCUUUCUACAGUAGGGAAUGUCAUUUAAACAGCAAUAAGAAUGCAAUACUGCCAUAUCUUGCAUCAAUGUUUGUCACUUUGCAAAUUAACUGUAUUCAUAGAAUUUGUAACUUUUCUGCUACUGUAUUGUCUAUGAUUGAAUAUAUUCCGUUGAUCUUGUUGUU